CAUUGAUCUAACAUCAGAGGACAAGAGAAGUCAUUUCAGUGUUCUAGAAGUUGCAGUGGCUUUACAGUGACGUCAAACCCCUGAACACAAGAGAAGUCAUUUCAGAGGCCAAUUCUCGUUUGGAAUCUGACAAAAGUUUUACAAUGGAGGCAAAGCUCAUCAGACAUCAGAAGGUUCACAUUGCAGAGAAGCCAUAUCAGUGUUCUGAAUGUGGGAAAGCUUUUACAUGGGAGUCACAACUUAUUUCACACGAGAGUAUUCACACUGGAGAGAAGCCAUAUCAGUGUUCUAAAUGUGAUAAAGCUUUUAGAGACAAGAAAUUACUAAUCGCACAUGAGAGAAUUCACACUGGAGAGAAGCCAUAUCAAUGUUCUGAAUGUGGCAAAGCUUUUAGAGAGAAGGCAACGCUUAUUGCACAUGAGAGGAUUCACACUGGAGAGAAGCCAUAUCAGUGUUCUGAAUGUGAUAAAGCUUUUACAAUUAAGGCAAACCUUCUCAGACACCAGAGGGUUCACACUGGAGAGAAGCCGUAUCAGUGUUCUGAAUGUGAUAAAGCUUUUACAAUGAAGUCAGAGAUUAUCAGACACCAGUGGGUUCACACUGGAAAGAAGCCAUAUGAGUGUUCUGAUUGUGAUAAAGCUUUUACAAUGAAGUCAGACUUUAUCAGACACCAGAGGAUUCAUACUGGAGAGAAGCCAUAUCGGUGUUCCGAAUGUGAUAAAGCUUUUGCACUGAAGUCAUCCCUUAUCAGCCACCAGAGGAUUCACACUGGAGAGAAGCCAUAUCAAUGUUCUGAAUGUGGCAAAGCUUUUAGAGAGAAGGCAACGCUUAUUGCACAUGAGAGGAUUCACACUGGAGAGAAGCCAUAUCAGUGUUCUGAAUGUGAUAAUGCUUUUACAAUGAAGGCAAACCUUCUCAGACACCAGAGGGUUCACACUGGAGAGAAGCCGUAUCAGUGUUCUGAAUGUGAUAAAGCAUUUACAAUGAAGUCAGAGAUUAUCAGACACCAGAGUGUUCACACUGGAGAGAAGCCAUAUGAGUGUUCUGAUUGUGAUAAAGCUUUUACAAUGAAGUCAGACUUUAUCAGCCACCAGAGGAUUCACACUGGAGAGAAGCCAUAUCGGUGUUCUGAAUGUGAUAAAGCUUUUACAAUGAAGUCAACCCUUAUCAGACACCAGAGGGUUCACACUGGAGAGAAGCCAUAUCGGUGUUCUGAAUGUGAUAAAACUUUUACAAUGAAGUCAGAGAUUAUCAGACACCAGAUGAUUCACACUGGAGAGAAGCCAUAUCGGUGUUCUGAAUGUGAUAAAGCUUUUGCAAUGAAGUCAGACCUUAUCAUCCACCAGAGGGUUCACACUGGAGAGAAGCCAUAUCGGUGUUCUGAAUGUGAUAAAGCUUUUGCAAUGAAGUCAGACCUUGUCAAACACCAGAAGAUUCACACUGUAGAAAAUCCAUUUCAAUGUUCUGAAUGUAAUAAAGCUUUUAAAUGAAUUCAUACCUUAUCAUCCACCAGAGGGUUCACACUGGAGAGAAGCCAUAUCAGUGUUCUA